CGAAAGAUUUGACAUUUAUUUGACAUAGAAAACGGCGCCGGUGUACUUUUAAAAGUUCUUUUUCUUUAGUUUUAAAGUUAAAAUGACUACUAUAAAAGUUAAAAACGAACAAGAAAUCAUUAAAAAACUUUCAUCUUAUGUGGAAAAAAUAUCAAAUGACGCUAUCGUAAACAGAGGACGGUUUUAUAUUGGGUUAUCAGGUGGAUCAGUGGUUAAAUACCUUUGUGAAGGUCUUCCACAGGUGAAAACAGACUGGUCGAAAUGGACAUUAGCAUUUUGUGAUGAAAGAAUAGUACCGGAAGAUAGUGAUGACUCCACAUUUGGUUGUUAUGAAAAAAUGUUGAUACCUAAAACUAAAUUGACUAGAAAUCAGUUUAUAAUCUUAAAGCAAGGAGUUACAGCGGAGGAAGCAGCAAAAGACUACACAGAACAAUUGAAAGAAGCAUUUAAAAGUGACAAUUUUAAAUUUGAUUUAUUACUACUGGGUAUGGGUCCUGAUGGGCAUACCUGCUCCUUGUUCCCCGGUCAUCCACUCCUGGAUGAAGUGGAUCUGAAGGUUGCAGCUAUCACCGAUUCUCCCAAGCCACCUCCGGCUAGAAUAACAUUAACCUACCCAGUUAUUAAUAAUGCUAGGAACUGUAUAUUUGCUUGCAGUGGUGCUGGAAAAGCGGAGAUGCUAAAACGUAUUUUAAAAGACAAAGAAGAUUUACCAGCUGCCAGAGUACAACCGAAAGAAGGUUCUGUGUAUUGGUUAGUUGAUGAAUCAGCGGCACAAAAUCUUUAGAAAUCAUAUCACCAAUGUUUUAUGCUGGAUGUAUAACAUUGGGUGAAAACUGUUAUUGUAUGUAACAUACAAAAUAUAUAUCAUACAUUUGUUGCAUCAAUGUUAUUAUUUUAUACAGGAUGUUUUUUUUUUGCUUAGAAUAUUCUUAAAUUUGUUUGAAUUUUCCAUAAUGGCGACCUUUUAAGUAUGGUUUUCAUACAUGUUUUUCUGCAUUGGGAAUUUAUAGUUUACAAUUACAAUGCCAUAUUGAAUUAAAUUGGUUUUUGUUGUCAUCCCUUACAAUCUCUUUGAGAAAACAGAGACAACUAUAUUAAUGUAUAGGCCGCAGAUUUCUACCGUCAAUGCCAUACGAAUCUUUGUAGAUUGACAUUUAUUUUAGAAAAUUCUGACAUUGAUGCACAGUUAGAUUAAGAUUUAACACAACAGUGGGACUAUUUAGUUUGAUCUGAUGGUGUUUAGUUGGCUUUUAUCAUAAUUAUGUUACUAACCGUGUGUUUCUGAUACCAAAAUGUCAAAUCAUUUCUUUCAUCUUUGAUUUACAGAGAUAAUAUGAGGAUUUUAGUCUCAGAAACCCACGGUUUAAAAUUUACCAAGUACAUUAUAGAUAUAUGGGGACAUAUAAAAAUAUUUUCUUUAAGGUUUUGGAAGUUUAUUUCAUUUAUGUAUUGCUGAUUACAUAUUAGAUAUAAUUUGUUACAGCGUUUCCACUGUAGAGACUACACAAAAACAUAUUGUAAUUUAAAGUGUAAUAAAACAUGUUUUUGUUUAUGUUUCGGCAGUGGAAAUUCAUGAAAAGUCGAUUUUGGGUUAUAUUUAGGUGUUAGAAUUUAAAUAAGGAAACGAGGGUAAUUUUUUUCUUUUGUAACAUUAUCGAAAUUUAUAUUACUAUUUAGUAUUUCAAAUUAAAGGUUUG